AUGACCUCCACCUCUGAGAUAACUGGUGAUCUCGCCAAACUGGGCAUAUCGUCCAAAGUCUCGCAGAUUGUAAAAGACAGUAAGUCCUGGGAGGAUCUUCUCAAGGCUGUUACUAUUGAAAUUGAUGCUUCAUCAGAUGCCACUUUUUCAGACCUUGUUUCUGGCUCAUAUACUUUCAAAGAUUCGAAAACACCAACUCCUCGUUCAGUUCUUCCGCGUGUCGUUGCCUCCAGUCCUACAAACCGCACAGCCUUUGUGACUUUUUUAGAUACCCGGCCAGAUUUGGUUUCUUUGUACGCUGAUUUGGUAGCCAAAAGCGAUGAUUCGGGCGAUGCACUGGCUCCAGUUUUCCCUCAGCUUGCCACCAAAACUCAGCGAAAGUUUCUAGAUGUAGCAACUGGUUCGCUCAAGGGUGAAAAGCCCGGUUCCAAAUCUUCUUUGGCUCAUCUUCGAAUCAUUUCCUCAUACUUUGCAUCUCCACGACUUCAAAAAACAACCUCAGAUGAUGAUGAAAUCAAAUACAUUAAAGAAAGUCGCCACAAACUUUUAUCACUUUUGGCACCUUAUGCUGACCGCAGACUGCCUCCCCAAUGGGUGUCACCAGUAGCUCUAGUUCUUGUCAAACUGCUAGAACUUGACUACGAUGGUACUACUGAAACAGUGCAGAGUCUUGUCGAUGACCUACUUCUUGUAUCUGGUCCUUCCGAGGCUAAUGCCGAUUCAAACCUUUUAAUCCAAGCAUUUUCUAUCACUUCACUGCUUUUCCACGUGGACAAGGAUGUAGGGUAUUCUGUUUUUUCGAGCGACGCAAUUGCCGCUCAACACAAGCUUUUUGAUACCACAGCAGCAAAACCAUCACCAUUACUUGCUUCUGAAGAUGUUGUCAUUGCAGCCAUGGACCUUUUGUCAUCAGCAUGUGUCCACAAGGAGGCUCGCAAUAUAGUCAAGGAGCGGUUUCUUGGAAUGGUUAAGUAUGCAUUUGAGCUUUCUGGAAAAACAUCCGUUACAGUUCUUGCAGCUUCUGUACUUGUCAAGACCACUUAUGCCAACGCUCAACCAAAGAUACCCGGCCAAAAACCACAAGAAGAUGAAGACCAUAUUGAUCUCAAGACAUUGUCACUUGUAUUUGAAGAACAGGUGGAAAAGACUCCAUAUACCAAAGAUGAAACUCCAGAAGAUCACAUGGCCAAGUUCAUCUACGGAACUGCUCUUGAGGGUCUUGCAUUUACGUCCCUCAAGCUGGAUACCAAGAUGCGUGUGGUUGCCAGUUCCAAUAUUUUAAAAAACUUAGUUACAGUUGUUAAAAGCACUAAGGAAGGCCCUUGGGUUUACUGUGCACUGAGCAUCUUUGAGAAUGUGACGACAUAUGCACCCAAAGUUACAGAGGAACAAAAACGCGUCGACAAGCUCAAGGAGUAUGCUGAGGGCGGAGGAAAAGAUGGGGCCAAGGAUGAAAAUAAGCAAAAGCAUGAGCCGGACUCAUUGGUUGCCAUUCGAUGCAAAAAGGUUCUAGCUACCGACAUUGUUUCUGUACUUGCAACAAACUCUCCUAGUUUUACACGUGCGGCAUGCAACACCACGGCUCGUCUACUGCGUAAUCUGUCCACCGAUAAAGCCCAGCGCGGGUUGUUUGUGCAGCAAGGUGGAUUGACAGUUUUGUUGUACUUGGUUCUACCGAAAGUCGAAAAAAAGGAAGUUUCAUGGGAAGACUUUCGGGUUGAUCCGCGGGAGGUUGUGGUGGCCACCUCUGGGCUUGCGCGUGCACUCAUUUCGAUCGACCCGAAACUGGCAUUUGGUACCAAAAUCUCGCCUGCUGUGGCCAUCCAGCCAUUGGUACGCCAACUUUCCAAUGCGGGGAAUAUCGGAUCAUCAGGCCGUAGUGUUCUUGAUACCCCCCAGCAGCUCUCUGAUAUUCCUCUUCUUGAUGUGUUUGAAGCUCUGUUGGCUCUGACAAACCUCGCCAGUGUCGAUGAGAAAUGUGCCGGAUUGAUUGUGCACAUAGCAUGGGAAAAGCUUGAGAUUUUGCUUGUUUCUGGCAACGAACUUGUCCAACGAGCAGCCGUUGAACUGCUGUGUAACUUGGCUGCAUCCCCUCAGUGCGCAGCCAAGUUCUUUGAUCCCGCUACUAAGGCCUCUGGUACAAGUCGUCUGCGUCUGCUUGCAGCUCUGGCCGAUAUUGACGAUCUGCCGGUACGGUUGGCGGCGACUGGUGCGAUUGCGAUGCUUUCUGAGUGGGGCCCAGCAGCUGUUGUACCUCUACGCGAGUCGGAGCCUAUUGUGGAUCGCUUGUUGCAGCUUUUGCACGAGGAAACUGACGGUGGAGUUAUGGUGCGUGUUUUAACGGCACUUGGAAAUAUGCUAGGCAACAAUGACUCUGUUCCUGCGGACCCGAAGUUUUUUGGACGGUUGCAGGCGGAGGUGCCGGCGCUCCAGUCUGUUGGUGCACGGACGGGAGAUGGGGAUGCGGCUGAGCUUUGUUCGGAGCUUGUGGCGGUGCUUCGGUGA